AUGGCCUUUUCAUCCUCGCGUAAAGGCAGGCCAAGGGACAAUAGACCGGCUGAAGCAUUUGAAGACGAUCCAGGAGAAGGGCCGAUGCAAGAACAAGAAAAUGGAAGUGCCGGGCGCACAAAUGAUGUGAGCCCGGGCAGCUAUGCAAGGGUUGUCACCAAGUCACCAGCCAUGAAUAAUGCUCUGGAGCCACGACCAGAUGAUCGGGCAGAAGCGCCCCCAGCAUUGUGGCAGUGGAAGUGGCGAACCGGCAAUGCGCGCCCUGGACGAUUGCAGCAUGCCGAUUCCGAGGAACAAUUGGGGGCCUUUUACGAGAGGUAUCUCCCCGCCCUACGCGUCGUGCUCGGGCAUGUCAAGAAAAGGGACGAAGCGAAAAACAUUCCUUUCCAACCAAUUGCCCUUAGCCACAACAAGUCCGCUUUUGAGCCUUUUGACAAGUUUUUCGCGCGGCCAUGGUCGGGCGUGUCGCUCUUGAGAGGCAAAACAAGACGAGACGAGACGAGUGAUGAUCUGUCGACGCUACAGCCUGGUCGGAACGAUUGGUGGGCUAUACAUAGCAGUGGAGCGCGGGGACACACUGCGAUGAUCCUGGCUCAUGUCCACGGCGCUAGAGUAGGGGAACCGGCAGGAUCCAAGUAG